CAGUCCAACCAAACAAGAUGAACAGCUUCCAACUUUUAAUCAUCACCAGUUUAAUCUACACAACAUUUGCCGGAGGUCCAACAAUUCAUCCAUCAUUAAUUCCAACAAUGGACUCAUCAGGAUCAAUUUUAAUUCCAUCUGAACUUUCUAGCUUCUUCUGUGCCUUCUGCUUUGACGUUUUAACAAAACCUGAAGCACCAUCAGAUCCAGACUGCAUUCCAUUGUACACAAAAGUCAUGAUUACUGUGACUUUAAAGGAUGGAACUGUUAAGAGUGGAGCUUGUUCAGUUAAUGCAUUUACUGGAGUUAUUAAGCCAAUACAUCCAACAAUUAAAUCAUUCAGUGCCAAUCCAGGACUGGAAAUUGAGUCCAAUGGAGCGAUUUUUACAACAUCAUCGUAUUCAGUUUAAGCUUAAUGCCGUUUGGUGCUUAAAUUUUUUGAAGGAAUAAAGUUUAUUGU